AUGGAUUUAGAUUGUUCAGACUGCAGUUCUACAUCAACGAUUAUUAGUUUGGAAUCUGAAAGAGAGUUAGACUUUGAUGAUGAAAUUGAAUUUGAUGGUUGGACUGAAAUUGAUAUAAGUACAAAUACUCCACAGCCACAAACUCCUUUUGAAUUCAUGGGAAAUUCUUCCAUAAAUGAAGAUGUUGCAUUGCUAACAACACCUCUGCAAUUUUUUAAUUAUUUUUUUGACGACGAAUUGGUUGGAAAAAUUGUUGAAGAAACAAAUGUAUAUUUUAUACAAGAACAGAGAACGGAGCCUUCAACGUCUGGUGCUGUAAUGGAUUGGAAUGUCACAGCAGCAGAAAUGCGAAUAUUUUUUGCAAUAGUGUUAAAUAUGAGUAUCGUAUACAAGCCAGAUGAAAAUAUGUAUUGGUCGAAAAAUCCUAUUAUUGCCACUCCAUUUUUUUCCAAAGUAAUGUCCAAUAGGCGGUUCAAAUUGAUCAAAAAGUAUUUACAUUUUAUGAAUAAUGAAACCUAUAAUUCUGAUUUACAUCCUUAUCCGAAACUGAAUAAAAUUUGGCCUGUAUAUGAUUUUCUGAAUAAAAAAUUUAAAACUGCUUAUACCCUUCAAAGGGAAAUUACAAUUGACGAAAGCCUAAUGUUGUAUAAAGGAGCACUAAGCUGGAAACAAUAUAUGCCCAUGAAACGUGCAAGAUUUGGCAUCAAAAGUUACUUCUUGUGCGAAUCGAAAACUGGGUAUAUAUGGUCUAUGAUGAUAUAUACGGGAAAAGGGACAAUUAUCGAUAGUGAGUUCCCAAAUUUGCCAAUAUCAUCUCAAAUCGUUAUGAGUUUGAUGAAGCCAUUGAUAAAUAAGGGAUACUGCCUCACUAUCGAUAAUUUUUAUAGUUCUGUGGAACUAUUCAAAUUGUUAUCGGUUUUCAAAACAGAUGCAUAUGGAACAGUGAGAUCUAAUAGAAAAGGUUUACCAAUUAAUAUAAAAAUCCAAAAAAAGUGA